AUGUUGCUUUUCAGCCUCUGCAACACAAGAGCUACGAGUAAGCAAACACUUCUUCUCCAUGCCGAUGGAAAGAAACACAGGGCAAAAGCUCGGGCAUUCCAUGCUGCAAAGCAACAACCAACUCAGAUGGACGCAUCUUCUCCGGAUGCAAAGCUUCCAGUGGAGCAAGCUUCCAAUGAUAAGGUCCAACUCAAAAAUAAUGGACAGCAGACAAAAUUGCAAGAUCCAUCUGAACACAAUAACUUGAAAUCGGGGAAUGAAAUCUCUCAAUCAAAUAAAAAGAUGAAAUCUGAUGUGGCGGAGGAUGACCCUAACAGGAAAAAGGGCAGGGAUGACAAUUCAGGUGAGUUGGGAAAUGGGGAAGUAGUUCAGGCUGAAGGAGCAGAGGCUGGGAGAAAAGAAGAUCGUUUGAAGAAAGAAACGAUGGUUAAUGACAAGAAGAACAAAAAGUGGAAGAAGUUUAUCAAAUCAGCGUUGAAAUCUCAUCCUGACGGAAAAUUGAAGAUGAAGAAGUUGAGAAAACAUGUCUUGAAAGCCUUGCAGGAAUCUGGCGUUGAAGUUGAUGAAACUGAACUUAGUGAGGCACUUGAGCAUAAGAUCAAUUCGAGUUCCAGAUUUGCAGUUGAGAAGAAGUAUGUGCGUUUGGUGGCCAUGGAUGGUGACUAGUUGCAACCUUAUAAGCUGGAAUCCCCGGCUUUUAUUUGGUGAUGUUUUGCUAUUGUUUAGACGUUAAUUGAUAUCGUUUAGAAUUGAAAGGA